GAGCUUUCCCUUUCUGAGGCAGAUGUAAUCGUCCAUCAUGUCUAUUUGAAAGGUUUGAGAACAUUUGUUUCAUCAAGAAAUGUGAGUGUCGGAGGACUAUUGUUUCAGGUAACAAGAUCUUCUGUUUACUUUUGCUGACGAAAUCAGACUCAGUAAUCACACACUGACCCACGGCCCGCCAUUUUUGUUCUGGGAGUGGAUUUGAGGGCUGAUUUUUGUGUUUUUGGUGAAUCCCGUCCCCAGCUAUGGCUGAGCGUGAGUACCAGCGUGUCCCGGACCGCCCGGCGCCCGUACCGCAGCAGGGCAUCACCGGGACCCAGACCAUCAUCGUGGUGUGCGUGUGUGUCCUCUGUAUCGCCAUGGUGCUGCCCAGGUUCCUCAUCCCAGAGGCUCCGGCUCCGCCCGCAAGCCAGCCCUUCCCUGGACCACACGGUAAAAAACGUGGCGGGGAAGGUGCCCAUGCCAGAGCCGGCUUGGAUCCGAUAACACGACCAGGGUUCGGCGAGCAAGCGUUCAACGAGAAGCGGAUGAUGCGAGCCAGUGGCGGUGAGGCGGCCCCGACCCAGACCCAGGGGCGGGGCUGGAUCGGUGUGGCCCUCCCCAUGUACACUGUGGGGAUACUUAUCUAUUUCGUCUACGUUAUCUACAAGAUUUUCCUUAAGAAGAAGAAUGAGCCGUCUCCAAGACCACAGGCAGACAGCUGGCGUGACCGAGGUUUCCGGGACAUAGAUGAAGCGAACGAAGCCAACCUCCUGAACCGGCUGAGUCAGGGAGACCCUUUGCAGAGGAAGCCCAACCCCAUGGAGGGGAUCGACAGGGGCACCACCAUCAGUGAGCUGGAGCUACGUCAGCUGGAGAUGCGGCUGCAUGAGACAGAGCGCCUGAUGAACAUGAUGAUGGAGAAGAUGGGAGAUGUGUCAGGAAAGCUCCAGGAGGAGAUGGUACGGUACCAGGAGAAGUACUUGUCGGACCAGGAGCUGAACGACCUGCCUGAAGAGGACGGCAGUGGGGAGGGGGGUCAGGAAGCACCACCAGGUGGGGAGGGGGGCGAUGUUGCAGAGAAGGUUCAGGUGGAGAACGUCCACGCCUCCCUGGAGACCGAGCUUAGGAAAAGGCGCGGUCCCGGGAUCGAGUUCAGCUUCACCCAGCCGGAGAGCGACCAGGGGGGUGUGGGGGAUGAGGAUGACCCUGACAACUACGACAAGGAUGAUCCCGACAACUACGACAAGUAUUCCGGCUCGCUGCGCGUCGACAGGAGGGGGUCAGAGUACGAGUAUGAAGAGUCUGUCCGCAGCAUGGAGGUGCAGUACGACCCAGAUUCCGAGCAGUCUUCGGUGAACGAGAGCUGGGACUUCACCGGCGAGCUUUCCGCUAAGGACCUGGAGGAGAUUCAGGAGGCUGUCCAGGACUACCUCGGGGAGGAGAACCUUGUCAUGGAGGGGGCGGAGGACGGGAACGUCGGGCCCAAGCUUGCGGAGGAGGUCCUUCAGGAGUUCAGCCGCCAGGAUGUCUGGGAUAGCGAGGAGGAUGCCAUCGAGCAGGACCAGGCUGCUGCAGACAAGGACCGGGAUGCCGAGGAAGAUGACAACGUCCAGGCUGAUGAAGGUUUGCCAAACAGCGUUGCCGCAGAUAAUGGAAACAUUGGAGGGGGUGGCGGAGAGGACAUCUUUGGCUUGGGCCACGUGGAGGACGAUGAUAUCUACGCUGACGAGGCAAGGAUCGACGACGAAGACAUACCUGCUCAUUUCCAAGACAGUGAUGAUGAAGAAGAAGAAGAGCUACCUACGAAGUACAGGAUUCACCAGGACAGCAUUCCAGAGGCAGAGCGAACAGAUGACAGGAACGUUGGAACCGCCGAGAACUCGUCAGGACCAUUCCACAGUACAGGCACAGCCUCAGACAGGGCCAAUAUGAACACCUGGGACUGUCCUGAAGCUGACAACCUGCUGCAGGACCAGGACAACAACAACUGAAGGGACAACAAACCUAACAACCCAGCUGAUGUUGCAGACAGGCAUUCGGAGCUGAAUGUAGAUUGAAACCUUUGUCUUUUGUACUCGUAAAUCUAGUAGGACUUGGGUACUCCUGCAGUAUUUAGUCACCAAGACAUUGAAAGUUUUGUUCUUGUGAACAACCUGGCCAAGAAAAUAUGCUUAUCUCUGGAAAAUAAUGUUGUUGUUUUUCUAUAAUUGCAUGUGGCAUUACUUUCAGGCCUUUGUUCCCCUCAACACAAUGUAGAGCAGUGAAGAAUUUAUCCAGGUUGGGAGUGAAUAAUGUAGAAUGUUCAGAGUUGCCACCUUGUGGCCUGAUAACAGUUAAGUGGCAUAUGUAGCAAAAGAUAGGUUACAACAAGUGAAAGACAUGCAAAUGUAGGUGUAUUCCAGUCACGUUGUCGCCAAAACUUCUAGAACAUGUAUGAAUAGCCAAGAUAUACAUGUAUAUAUAUAUUUUCCCUACAGUAGUAGAACUGUGUAUAAAUACAAACUUUGUAUUGUCCCUUUGGGGCAGGUUGAAUAUGAGAUGGUACAAAAGGUAGCUUUGUUGCAGAGUCUGUAUGUAUGAAAGUAUCAAGAGACAAAUGUAAAGUUGUUGUGUAAAAGUGUUUAUGAUGUACGUGUACUUAUAAAACUUUGUACAUCUAAAGGAAGAUUUCUCCUUUGCACAAGCUACUAAAUCAGCCACAAGCAGGAAGUGGGUCUUACUAGGACGUGGUUACACCUGAAAGAUCUAUGAACUUGUUGCUAGAUUUCAAGAAAGCUAAUUGAUGAAGCUUUUGUAUGAGCGUGACACUUUGUGUUCUAAGGGUGCAGUGGUCAUGUACAAGGUUGAUGAAUUACAGUAUUAUGCUACAAGAACAAUUCAUCUAUAUCCAUGUGUAGAAUCCCUUUGUUAAUCAUAGCUACCCCAGAAGUAAAUAAGCGAUAAGCGGUACCCCAGGAGUAAAUAUGUUCUUCUUUAGUAUGAUGUGAUGUGAUGUGAUGUGACACUACAUUUGACUCUUCACCUACCUGAUAGCCUACUAUAUUUGUAAUGGCCCGGUGGUCACAAUGAUGGUGUGAAAUGUGGUCAUGAGAGUUUGUAGCAUAAGGUUAGGUCACUCAAAAGAUUUAGGGUAAAGCUUCACACAUUUGGUCAAGUUUGUACCACAAGCCGUAUUUGUAGGUAUGUAUUUGACAAUGCAUGUGUAUGUUCUUGCUGCUUUGGGGUUAUGUAAUAUGCUGAUAGAACCCCAUCCAAAAUCCCAAUUCCAACAGUUUUAUAUUUUGCCUUUAAAAAGAAGAACUGUUGGCUAAAGCCUUGCAACAAUGUUUGCAACAAUUAUUCCUGCUAAGUGGUAACCCCUCCCUCACUGAAGUUUGUUUUAAUCAACAUGAAGAUGAUGGUUAAAGCACCAUGUCAUAAUUCUCCACCAUGGUCUUCAUACAGGGGUAUAGAUUGUAGAAUUUGGCAAAUAUUGGUCAGGAGACACAGCUUCUGGGAAGGUCAUGAGGUACAUGCAGCCAGCUCACAGAGACAGUCCAAACAUUCGCUUUCAAUAUGGUAAAGUUGAUUGACUCCGGGAUGACAAUUUGAUUACAGCUGUAUAUAAUAUCUGAGCUCCUCACUCAGUUCAUGUUGAGGUCCUUUGUGAUGUGUAUAUAUUAACACUUUUGGGCAUUUGUAGCAAAGAUUGAGUACUUUGACAUUUGUACAUACAUGUAGUAUCAUGUAUGAAGUUACAUGAGUGUUGAGACAUUGUUGCAGUUCUGAGGUUUAUUUUUUGCAUUUUUCAUUUGUUAUUACAUUUGUAGUUGCAAGAUUGUGAUGUCUUUCUAUGUUUUGGGACACAAUGAUUUGAGAUGCUCUAUUUAUUUUUUUCAAUUUACAACAGCAUUGCUUUUUAUAGCCUACUGGUAAGUUAAAGCAUACCUUUGUACUUAAUGAUUGAACAACAAAUACACAAGACCUUACUAUCAAGAACAGAUUAUGUUUAUUGUACAUGUACUUGGAACAGAGGUUGGAAAGAAAUUUCCAUCAGUACGUACAUAUGCUAGGACCCUGUAUCCAACGAAUUACUAGUGCUAGUACAUGUAUUAUAAUGUGAGAAGCAGUAUUUCUGAGAAAGGUUAAGGAUAAGUAUUUAUUCAUUCAACCACUCCAGACCACCAGCUUAAUAAUGCAGCUAUGUAUUAACAAGGAUUUCACAUGUAGAUAGUGCCCAGUCUAUCUUUCUUUUCUGCUGUGAGAUUUGAUAUGUCACAACUGUUGUCUCAAUCACAAGUUAAGGUUUGUUUUGUCAAUGAAGGUUAGACAUCCAGGUAAUAAGAUAUGCCAAAACGCAAUUACUCAAGAAACUGGAUAUGAUUUUGGAAAUGGUCAUACGUUUCAGAUAGCAUCCACUAUCUAACAAGGUUUGUCGCAUGUGUUUCUGGUUUGCAUGUGUGAGUUGCAUCGAUGUUAAAAGUCCUUUGAUUAAUGUGUGUGUCAAGAUUUCUAAAUAGACCAUUGUUUCAUGUUUCUACACAUUCAUGUUGUAAAGAAGACACAUUAGAACAUUUUGUAGCUUUGUCUAUAUCCUCCAGCACACUGAAGUCUCUGUUUGGCUACCACUUGUCUAUUGUUCGCAGGAUUAGGCAACUGGGAGAAGCAUACAGGAUCUCACUGAUGCCAUUGGUUUUCAAUGGUGCUAUUUCAUGAAUUUGUACAAACAUAAGGGAAUGUGAAGAUAUUUGAUAAUUGUAAUAAUUACUUGUGCCACCACAUCAGUCUGUUGUAUACUUGGUACAUCUAAUAUCCCUCUCACAAAAGAUACACAACCAUAUUGUUACAUUAGAAAAGAUGACGAUUGAACGUUUUGGUUGUAAGAAUGUUCUCGACCGCUAGGUGGCAGUUCUGUCUUAUACUGCACCAUUUAAACUUUUGGUGUGACAAUAAAGCAGAUUGUU